UUGCUCGAAUGCCAAAACUUUCUAGUACGUCUAUCUUAUACUGCAAUUCAAUUUGUUUCAAUGCUACAUGUAUCAAAGUAAUCAUGGUUUAGUUCAUUGAAUUUUAUUUGACGAAAUAUGUUCAAAUCAAUCCUCCUUUUUCCCUCUAAUCUGAUUUUUCUUCAUAAUUAUAUUUAUCUGCAAAGUGCAAUUCCACUUCUAUGAAAUUUUCACACACAUACAAGUUCCCUAAUUAGAAAGCAAUUUCUCUUUUUCCAUCUUCGAUUUCCCACUUGAAUUUCGACUAGUUUAUGUUCUCCACGUUUUCUGCAGUUAGUUCCCACUUGAAUUUUGUUUUCCGCUCCCUUUUAAUUCUUUUUUUUAUUCCUUUUUUCCAACCAAUCGUUCCAAUUUUCUGUGUUUUUUUUUUUUUUCAUACCCCUUUUUGCCCACCUUUUAGCAGAAUUGAUUUGAUCAAUUUCAAAUAGCCUGUGGAGAAAAAGAAAAUUGUGGGCUUGGAACGAUUUUGUAUUUCUGAUUUUUCUAAAAAAUGAUGAAGUGUUUUACGAUAUUCAAAGACAAGUCGAAAUCCCGGGAACGGAAAUCGGCGCCGGAAUUAAGUAAUCAAAGAAAAUCAGAUAAUUUGGAUUCAAGGCGGGUAUCUAAAUCCACUGGUUCAGCUUCAUCCCCUCGGAGUAUAAAAGAGAUGUAUAAAGAAAGAGAGCAGAAUUUGAGGGUUUUUUCUGUGCCAGAACUGAGGGAAGCAACUAAAAAUUUCAACAGGCUGCUGAAGAUUGGGGAAGGUGGUUUUGGUAGUGUUUAUAAAGGUACAAUUAUGCCGCCAAAUGGACAGGGAGAUUCCACGGUGGUUGCCAUUAAAAAACUCAAUACACAAGGAUUACAGGGCCAUAAACAAUGGGUUGCAGAGGUCCAGUUCCUUGGAGUUUUGGAUCACCCCAAUCUUGUAAAGCUUUUAGGAUACUGCGCUUGGGAUGGAGAAAGAGGGAUCCAUCGCUUAUUGGUUUAUGAAUACAUGCCCAAUAAGAGCUUGGAGGAUCAUCUUUUCAACCGGUCAAUGCCAACAGUUCCUUGGACAACAAGACUACGUAUUAUUCUUGGGGCCGCUCAGGGAAUGGCUUAUCUACAUGAGGGCGUGGAAGUUCAGGUACCUCUUUUUAGGUGGUGAAAUUUGGUGGUUGCUUGCAUUAAUCAAUGUAAUUAAUUGUAUAGAACUCUUUCUAACAGCUCAUUUUCAUGCAUCAACAAGCUAAGAAAUUCUUGAGCUUUUAAGGAUAUUACAAGUUGUAACUUGCAGUACAAA